UCCCGCAGCCGGCUCCAGGAGGCGAGCGAGCGCGCCUCCCCCUUCUUUCCCUCCCCCUCCUCCCGCUCUCUGCCAGCUAACUUUCCCGAGCCCCGACCCGCGGCGCAGAGCUCCGGGGCAGCUUCGGGGCCGACUGCCGACCUCGGGCGGAGAGCGCGGUGGUGCCCAGUUUCCCAUCCCCGCGCCCUCGGCGCGCUCCGGAGAGAACAGGACCAUGUCCGGAGCUGGAGACCGAGGCAAAGCCCUGGCGAGAUGGCUGGGCACUGGGCUUUUGGGUCUCUUCCUGCUCCCCAUGUCCCUGUCGCUGGAGGUAUCUGUGGGAAAGGCCACUACCAUCUAUGCUGUUAAUGGCACGGAGAUCCUGCUGCCCUGCACCUUCUCCAGCUGCUUUGGCUUCGAGAACCUCCGAUUCUGGUGGUCCUACAAUAGCACGGAUACAUUCAAGAUUCUCAUAGAUGGAACCGUGAAGAAUGAGAAGUCUGACCCUAAGGUGAAGUUGAAAGAUGAUGACCGCAUCACUCUGGAGGGCUCCACUAAGGAGAAGAUGAACAACAUUUCCAUUCUGCUGAGGAGCCUGGAGUUCAGCGACACGGGCAAAUACACCUGUCAUGUGAAAAACCCCAAGGAGAAUGACCUGCAGCACCAGGCCACCAUCUUCCUCCAAGUUGUUGAUAAACUGGAAGAAGUGGACAACACAGUGACCCUCAUCAUCCUGGCUGUGGUGGGUGGAGUCAUUGGACUCCUCAUCUUUAUCUUGCUGCUAAAGAAGUUUAUCACUUUUGUCCUCAAGAAGACCCGGGAGAAGAAGAAGGAGUGUCUUGUGAGUUCUUCGGGGAACGACAACACAGAGAACGGGUUGCCCGGCUCCAAGGCGGAAGAGAAACCACCCACAAAAGUGUGAGGCCCCGCUUCAGGCCAAGCAGCUGCAGGGAGCCUGACUUUCUGUCCUGACACUGAUGCUUGAGCCCGUCCGUAGAACCCACGUGCCUGAGACAUCUGCUGCUUGGCUCAAACUGUAGUCCUCCCGGGCAGGGAGAAACCGGUGUCCUGCCCAGCUGCCCUACCCCCUCCCCAGCCAGGGCUUCCCAGGGACAAGGGCUGGCCAGGGCAGGGGGCCUGUGGAAGGUUCAGGAAAGGCAAAGGAGGGGCUGGUCCCCUGAUGCCUGGGAAGAUGGGGGCUCCUUCUGGCUUCCCCCACUGUAUGAGCAGGACCUUGGUUUUCCUACUGAUUUGUCAUCAAGAGGUACUUGGGAGAUCAAUGAGGGCUGCCCCAGAAGCUGGACCUUGGAGCCUCGUCCUGGGAACAAACCCUUUUUGACGGGAGUGGGCUAGAGGACUCUGGAGAAGACCUUGGGGUGGGGUGCUGGUGGAGGUGGGCCACAAUGUGAGGCAGACUUGAUUUUGUGGGAUAACUGGUCUCUCACAGACCCUGAUGUGGGGAGGUCCCCUUUCCCCCACCCCACAAGGCCUGUCUGCCUUGUCCCUGCUCCCUAUCCUGUCCCUAGCUCUGAGUUUCUAAAUCCUCUGAGUGAGGGCUGGCCAUCUUGGUCUUGAGGGGUCCCAACCCACCUAGCCUGCCCCUCUGCUCUCUGAGUUGCUAAGGGGGCUCAUGGAGGGGCCCCUCCAGUCUUUCUGGAACACUAGAGUGCUAACCUACAUUUUCCCUAGCAUUUCCCUUGGGGAAUCGGGCUGCAGAGGUGGGCAAGCCAAUGUCCUGGUCCUCUCAGCCAUUGUAAUGCCCACCCCAACCCCACAAUGCUGGCAGCCCUUGUCCUUGGCAUGGCAGGACCAUCGCCACCCUGGGUACUCCUGAGCCCAGCUCCCCCCUGCUCCUCCCGUUCCCAUGAAACAGCAGGUGAUGUCAUCUUGCUUGAGGGCGUUGCACCCUCGAACCUCCAUCUCAUUGGCUUGCUCUCCCUGGGCUCCUCCAUCACACCUUUGUCCCUGAUCCCAGGGUUGCUCAUCCCCAGCCCUUGUUUGCCUUGCCUCAGGGACCCUCUUCUUUGGAUGAGAGAGUCCUGGAGUUUUCCAGCUGCUUUUUGCUCACCUGGGCCACCCCAGUCCCACCCUGGGGCUGGGAAGGAUCAGGGAGAGGGCGCCCACACUUUUCCUCUGCUUUCAGUGAAUUGGUCCGUGCACCCCUUGAGUGUGGGCUAGACUGUGCCUUAGCUCCUGGAGUCCCAGCUCUUACCUGCUGCCCUUGCCAGUUCCCGCCUUUACUGAACUGCACGUUCUGGCGUGGUCCUCAGCCCUCUCCUCCCCAGUGUCAAUGAGGAGGCCAUGAAGCUAGAGUUGUGUCACUGACAUCCCCUUGGUCAGUGACCAAGUCUUGGAGACACCUGCCAUUUGCUCCCAUCCAGGACCCUAAUGGGAAGAUGUCGUGAUGGGGCCUCAUGAUUGUGUGGGUCCCUGUGGGUUUGAUGCAGAUGUGAUAACAGGGGUCUCCACCAUCUGCUCCCAGCCCCUCUCUCCCGUUUGGGCUUCUGACACUCUGUCUUUCGGGUCCAUAGGAGGGAUGGAGAGGAGUAGACAUCUUUCCCAGAGGACAUGGGGGUUGCCUCAGGACUCUCCUGCCCAGAGGCACCAGCAGCUUCCCUGAGGGUAGGACUUGGGAGGAAUUUGAGGAGCAGCGGCACCAGCAGGUUGCCCAUGGCCAUGGUCAGUGUCCCUUGCCCAAUCUGAUGGGUUUGCAGAUCCCCACUCUGAUCCGCCCCCUCCCCUUCCAUCCUUCUUCAAGGACUGGGGGUCAGAUUUCCUGACUUUGGGAGAAGACAGAUCAGAGCCCCCAGCCACCUAGAAAGAUUCUUCCAGCUGCCAGCUGCCUUCAUGCAAAACUUCUUUCCUCUCCCUUCCCCAUGUCAACCUUUGAAGAGAGUGCCUGGGGGCUCCUCUUGCUCUUUUGAGAGGAAGCCGAGGCAUAGAGCAGUAGAAGAGGAAGGGCGACCUCUUCUUCCCUCUUCGGGGUCUUCUGCUGACUUACAGGCAGGUCUUGCAGCUUCUCUGGGCUCAGCUUUUUCCAUCUAUCCAGUGGGUGUAAUACUACUUACCUACCUCACAGGACUGUUGUGGGACUUGGCAAGUUUUGUUUUACAAAAAUCUUUUUAGCUUGGAAAGGAAUUUGGGAAGCAGGUUUUGUAAUUGGAGGGAUUGUUCCAAGUCUGUCGUGUCCUCAUCUCUGUCCCAUCCCUACAAAACACACACACUCUUUCCACUCCUCCCCUUUGGAAUUCUUUAGUCUUUGUAAUGUUAGAAACCUUGAUUCGGACUGAUGUCUGAAGCUUCUUGCACAUGGCUCUUGUUUGGGGGUUUUUCAAUAGAGAUGAUUGGGACUGUAAGGGGCAUAUCUAUGGUUAUCCCAAUGCCUGGGACACUACUGGCUUUUAGUGAGUGGGGGCUGAGAGUGCUUAACUUAGUCCCCACAACAAAGAAUGUCCUGUCUCAAUGACAGCAUUAUGCCCAGGGAGAAGUAUCUGCAUGGAUUUGCAGUCGGGCGCAUAUGGGCACAGUGGUCUUCCCUGAGCAGACCUUAGCUACAUGCAGGUCUCCAGGGGUGGGUCAGGGCUGGUGAGGGCGUUCCCAGGGCUUGUGGUUUUGAGAGAGCCAUUUACAAAGUUGCUCUUGAGAGCCCUGGGAGCAUGCAGUUGUGCUACGGUGAUAUCAGUGAGACCAAAGACAAAGUUCAGAGCCCCUCAUCCUUGACCUCAAAACAGGAUGUCUGCAUUGGAUGCCUUGGGUCUCCUGCAUGUAGGGAUUAAGCAAAAGGCAGCCAGAAUGAUCUUGUGAUGCUAGAGAGGCCUGGGAGAGGGGCUGAUGGGGUGCAGCUUUGCACACAUCUGGCUGGCAGCUCUUAUGGAGCUUUGAGGGCGUGCUCCCGAGCUGGUGCCGGGUGCCGUGUGCUCGUGUGCAGUGUGUGCGCGUGCAUGUGGACAUGCCUGUGCAGGCAGAGCAGGUGCACAAGUGGGACCGUAGAGUGGGCAGCUGUGUAUGAAAGGGGUGGUGCGUGAUGGGGGAGACUGCAGAUUUCAGGAGCCAUCUGUCCUGGUCGGAGCUGGAGACCGAGAAUGAAUGAGAGUGAGGGAAAGGUCAGCCAUGCUCCUGGAUCCCAUCUCUCUGUGACUCCAUCUCUGUUGCAGACAGCUGCCAUCAGAGGGCUGGGGGGAGGGAGUGCCAAGAGGGGGGACUUCUGGGGAAAAUCCUAUAGCUUGCUGCACUUUACUUUGUCCCAGGUUGGAGUCCCUACCCUCCCACCUCUCACCUGAUAUGCAGUGCUUUUGACUAUCUUAUGCAUGGUUUAUUCCUCUGGCUUGGAUGACAAUACCCAUAGUCAAUUUCCUAUAUAACUUUAUAGAUCAAACGAUGCAGUGAAGGGCCUUAGGGUCUGAGGGUGCCUCUGGGAGGCACAGCUGUGCACACACCCUGCACUGACUCGUGUUUAAGCACAGAAUGGACGUGAUCAGACUGUCUUGCCUCUACAACAUGUUUUGCAUUAUAGAAUUGUAUUUAGCUUUGCCUUGGAUGAAAUAAAAAUUAUGUUUAAUA